AUGUGGCGCCAGCUGCGCCAGUGCAAGUCGGAGUCAGACCUCUUCGACCUCGUGGAGGAAUCGUACACACCAGGCAAAUUUAGUGAUGAGCAGGAGCUCCGCAGCUUGAGGGAAUCACCGCGGACUUCACAGGCCAGCGAUGUGGAGGCGGAGAGCGAAGUCUCGACCGCUCCAGAGUCGCCAAAGCAGCAGCCGGUCCGCCCUUGCAAGAAGGAGGAGCAGAAGACCAGUGCCAUAGAUCGCAGCACCGUCAUGAUGCGGAAUGUUCCGAACAAUUAUACGAGGGAGAUGUUGCUGAGUAUGCUGAAUAACUACGGUUUCUCAGGAAAGUAUGACUUUGUGUACUUGCCACAUGAUUUCGACCGCAGUGCCAACUUGGGGUAUGCCUUUGUGAACUUGGUCAGUGAUGAAGCAGUGCAUGCCUUCUGGCAGAAGUUCGACGGAUUCAAGCGGUGGACGCUUCCAAGUGCCAAGGUCUGCCGCGUGAGCUGGAGUGGGCCGCAUCAGGGAUUAGCUGCCCAUGUGGAGCGCUAUCGGAACAGUCCAGUGAUGCACAGGAGCGUGCCUGAUGAGUACAGGCCUGUCGUCUUCACAGAUGGAGUCCGCCAGCCCUUCCCAUGCCCCACUCGAAAGAUCAAGCCGCCACCGCCUCGCCCCGGCCAGUGA